UAAGGAAACACUCUACAGUGUUCAGUUCCUGUAUUAGUGUCCCAUAAAUAGCUUCAACAGAAGCACACAGAGCCUUCACCUUGAGCCUCCUGAAGACACCAUGGUGCCUCUUCACCUGCUCUCCAUUCUGCUGCUGAUGCCGGUCCUGACCAGUGCUGGGGUGCUUCAGGGUGGGAUCAUCGGCGGGCAUGAUGCCAAGCCCCACAGCAGACCCUACAUGGCUUAUGUGGUGCUCAAGAGGACAGCUGGCACAUCCAACUGCGGUGGCUUCCUGGUGCGAGAGGACUUUGUCAUGACGGCUGCGCACUGCCAAGCCCGAAAGAUCUAUGUUUUACUUGGAGCCCACGACCUGACUCAGAACGAGCCGUCACAGGUGCUGGUGGAUGUGAAAGAGAGCAUCCCUCACCCUGAUUAUUCUUCCGACAACCUGGCCCAUGACAUCAUGCUGCUGAAGCUCAAUGGAAAGGUGAAGCUCAGUGACAGCAUUGCAGUGCUUCCCUUGCCAGACAGUGAAGCAGACCUGAAGGGCAAAAGUGAGUGUCUCUUGAGCGGCUGGGGCAACACGGCUCGCAAUGGCACAAACAACCCCCACAAGCUGCAGGAGGUGAAUGUCACCGUGCUGGACAGAGACAAGUGCAACCAGAGCUGGGGGGACAAGAUCACAAAGGAAAUGAUCUGCACCGCCUCUCGCAGGGGGGGCUGCAAGGGAGACUCUGGGAGCCCGCUGGUGUGUGGAGGAGUUGCUCACGGCGUGGUGUCCUUCGGGGUGCAGCCCUGCGGACUUCACGGCUUCCCCCACAUCUACACCCGCAUUGCAGAGUACCUGCCCUGGAUCAGCAAAGUCCUGAACUCAUCGUGCAAAAUCCCUGGAGCUCGUUAGAUCCAGACCCGCAGCGUGGGUCCUGCAGACCCUACUGCCUGACCAGCUGGCACCCUGAUAAGGAGCAUCAUUUUGUACCUGUGAUAGGUGUUCCUCAUUCCCUACUGUUACUUACCUAGCUUGCUGUUGCUUUACUAUGCAGGUUUACUGCAGCAUUCAAAGUUACAGAUAGCGACUUUUAGUGAACCCCUGCUUGUCUUAUUCAUCGUCUGCUUACCCAAAUCCAUGCAUUGUAAUUGAUACUUAAUAAAACCUUAAAAACUAUC